AUGCCAGCUACUAUCUUGAACGGUUCUACCACUUCAAGUUCUGGUCUCAAUAUUAACCUUUCAUUGUUGGUUGGUGCAAUUAUUACAGCUUUGGUAGUUGCUUCCACAGUUGCUACUAUUAUCUUGGUUUCAGUUGGUGUUGGUUAUUCUAGUCCUCAACCUCAACCUGAUUUUGCUACUACUUACAAGAGAGUGCCUAUUACUGUUGAUGUACUCAUAAAUGAUAACGAUCCACGUGGUGGUAAUCUUACUUUGACUCAAAUUGUUGAUCAACCAAAGUAUGGUACUGUCAAGAUUCUUUCUCGUUCCCAAGUUGUUUAUCAAUCCAUUGGUUCUUUCUCUGGAAAUGACACUUUCAGUUAUGAAGUUAGUAAUUCCUUUGUUACAGCCAAUGCUACUGUUACUGUUCAAGUUUUGAAUAGACCUCCUCAAGCUGUUCCAAUCUAUAAGAAGAUCUCCAAGAAUGCUAAUAAGGCUCUCGUUGAUAUUUUCAAUUAUAUUGGUGACAAUGAUGAAAAGAUUACUGAUAUUGAUAAUGAUGUCUUGUAUGUUACUGGCUUCGCUGAUCAACAAGUUACCAGUGGUAAUGCUCAAAGUUUAGGUGCAAUUGAAAUUGAUCCUUACAAUGGUUUCUUGUACACUCCUGUUAAUGGUUUCAAUGGUAUCGAACAAUUCAAGUAUACCAUCUCAGAUGGUAAUGACACUGCUUCUUCAACUGUUACUGUUGAAGUUGAAAAUGAUGCUCCUGUUGCUACUGAUGAUGUUUACAGAAUUCCAAAAUAUAGUAGUUUGGAAUUGCUCAUUUUACAAAAUGAUUAUGAUAUCAAUGGUGAUGAUUUCAAUGUUACCAACGCUGUUGGUGCUGGUUAUGGUGCUCUUCGUGUUCAAGACAAGACUGUUGUCUAUUUCACUUCAAGUGUUUUAACCAAAAAGUAUACUGAUUCUUUCGAAUAUUCAAUUUCUGAUAGUCAAGCUUCAGGAUCUGCUGUAGUUUCUGUUCAAGUUUACAAUACUGAACCAACUGUCUACUCCAAGACUGUCACUGUUGGAAAGUCCUCUUCCAAUAACCUCAUUUCAAUUGAUUACUCUGAUCCUGAUGGAAAGGAUGUUGUCGUAUUGACCAAAGUUACUCCUGCAUUGGCCUCUCUUAAUCCAGCUGCUUCCAUGCAAGUUGCUAAGGGUACUAAACGUGUCAACCUUGAUUGUUGUGAUUGGGUUAGCGUUGAAACUAAUAAUUACACUAUUGUUUAUACUCCAACUCCUGGAGUUGUUUACUCACAAACUUUGGAUAUUUCCAUGACAGAUGGUGAAUCUGAUGGCUAUGGUAAGAUUACUAUUAAUGUAGUCAAUAAUCCACCUGUUGCUGUUGAUGACACUGUUACUUGUAAUAAGAAUCAACAAGUUUUGAUUAAUGUUCUUGCCAAUGACUAUGAUGUUAACCCAGGCGAUACUGAACUUCUUCAAUUAACUAAUAACGGUUGGCAAUCAACUACCAAGAAUGGUGGUUCUGUUUCUAUUUAUAAUGCUACACAUGUAUUGUAUGUUGCUCCAAAGGGUAGUUUGGCUACUGAUGUUGCCUCCUAUAGAAUCUAUGAUCAAAGCAAAGAUGUACAAGGUAAUCCAGAUUCUACUGGUUUCUCAACUGGUAAGAUUAGUAUUAACAUUAUCAAUAAUCCACCUGUUCCUGUUGAUGAUGUUUUUACUAUUUCAAAGGGUCUUAAUGCCACUUUGAACGUUUUGAAUAAUGAUUAUGAUCCUAAUUUCGAUCUUAUUUCAACAAUUAACUCUGUUGAUAGAUCAACUGUUAAAAAUAUCUUGGCUACUAUUAUUGAAAUUUAUCAAAAUCCAUCUAAUGGUGUUGUUGAAGUUAUUAGUGAUAGUGUAAGAUAUACUCCAAAUACUGCAUUUGUUGGUGUUGAUACUUUCCAAUACAAGUUGAACGAUGGUAUUUUUGAUAGUCAAACUGUCAAGUUUGUUUCAACUCAAACCUCUGCUACUGUUGGUACUAAGCAAAUUAAGUAUACCGUCUCUGAUGGAAACAAGAAUACCAUUGGAAAUGUCAAUGUCUUGGUUACAAAUACCAAACCAGUCGCUUUUGCUGAUGCUUACACUUACCACUGGGCUGCUCCAAAACAAACAUUGAGUGUCAUGUCUAACGAUAAGGAUGCCGACCUUGAUCCAAUUUCAAUCAAAUCUGUUUCUGGAAGUGCUGCCGCUGUUAAGAAUGGAAAUGAUAUUGAUUAUACUCCAAAGAAGGAUGUUGUUUAUGGAAAGUGGAAUUCUCCUGUUUCAGUUUCUUUAGCUAAUGUCUGUUCUGAUAUUGAUACAUUGGAUAUUCCAUAUGUUGCAUUCAAUGGUGUUAUUUCAAAUGUUGCUGGUGGUUCAACAAGUCUCUCUGGUACAACUGUUACCUUCACUCCAAGUGUUACCUCUCUUGUUUUUACUCAAAUUUCUGGUAAUCUUUACAAUGCUACUGCAUCAUUCAAAUUCCAAUGUUUCGAUGGUAUUUCUACCAGCACUGGUAAUGUCACUAUUAUUCUUUCAAACAAUGCUCCAACCGGAACUGGUAAGACUGUCAAUAUUGCCAGAGAUUACACCAAGACAACUUAUGAUUUUACCUGGUCUGAAAUUGCCACCUAUGCCAACCCUGAUGUUGAUGGAGAUUCAGUAACUAUUACUAAUCUUGUCUCUGUUGAUUCUUCCAUCACUGUGGAACAGACUGUUUCUGGAACUAAGCAAAUUACUUUCUACUUGUAUGAUGGUCUUCACUAUAGCAUCAGCAAGUUGACAUUUACUGUAAUCUUUAGUAAUUCUGCUCCAACUUGUGGUGUUGUUUCAACAAUAUAUUUAAAUAAGAAGGGAAGUGUUGAUCUCUCAACUAAAUUCUCAGGAACAGAUUCCAAUAAUGAUCCAAUUACUUUCACCUUAUCUGGUUCACCUGGUUCAUUGGGUACUUUGAGUGGUAAGGUAUUUACUGCCUCAGCAACUAAUACUGGUACUGUUACCUUCUCUUACACUGCAACUGAUACACAAUUGACAAGUUCAUCAUGUAGUAUUCAAAUUAUCAUCCAAAAUGCUAAUCCAUCUGCCAAUGAUACAAUCUUUUAUAUUUAUCCAACUGCUGAUUCUUUGUCUCACUACUUGAGCUAUAAGGCAACUGAUGCAGAUGGUGAUACUUUGACUUAUACUGCUGGUUCAAACAAUUGUUCAUCCAUUUCUACAGGUGUUAGCAUGAACUCAGCAAGUGGAUUGAUCACAUUCAAGAGAAUUUACACUGUUGUUUCUGGUACUUGUAAAAUGAGUGUUUCUGUAUCUGAUUCUAAUACUCCUUCUGGUAAAAGUAAUGCCACCAUUACAUUUGUGAUCGUUCCAAUUGAUCCAGUUGCCAGAGAUGACAGAUUCUCAAUUCCUCAAGGUCAAACAAUCAGAAUUUUCGCUUCACAAAUCUUGGCAAAUGACAAUGAUGAAUUGGGUACUUCUAGCACUCUCACAUUAUUGAACAUUAGUUGUCCAGAUGCUACUUAUUGCCACAAGCAACCAAGAUUUGUAACUGUUAAUGAUGAAAUUGCUGUUGAAGUUGACUCUGACCAAAAUACUUGCCAAGCUGAUAAGUUCAGAUAUACAAUGACUACUGCACUUGGAGCUAUUAGAAGUGCUGAUGUCUACAUUGAGUUCAAGAAUUGCUAUUGUACUGCCAAACUUGACUUUGUCUUUUUAUUGGACUCUUCUCAAUCAAUUGGUGUACCAAACUUUAACCUAAUCAGAGAUUUGUGUCAGAGAAUUACUGGUAGAAUGAAGCUUGCUGAUGAUGCCGUAAAAGUUUCCAUCGUUCGCUUCCAUUCUUCUGCUACACUGACCUUGGCCUUGUCAACUGAUGGAUCUUUGAUCAAUAAGACCUUAUCUACUAUGAAGUACGACGCUGGCUUUACCGCACAAGUGCCCGGACUAAGAGCUGCAGUCAAUGCAUUAAGACCAGAAAAUGGUGGAAGAGCUGAUGCUGAUAAGGUCAUUUAUAUUUUAACAGAUGGUCUUGCCAAUGUACCUUGCGAUUGUUCUUCUUGUGAAUCUGAAUGGGGAACAAUUCCAAGUGUUUUCAAAGACUCUGUUCAAAACAAAAUUAUUAAUGGAAUGACUAAUCCUGCAAAAUCUACUGCCUUGAGAAAUAUGUGUAAAUAUCAAUAUAAUGACGGAUCUGAAUUGGUUGGAACUGAUUGUAGUUCAUGUAGUAUGAAAGAUGAAUAUAUGUGUUUGCCAUGUUCAGAUGCUAUUCCUGUUGCUGCAAAGAUUAAUACUUGGAAACGUAAUUCUAAUGGAGUAGUUCCAAAUGAUCCUGAUAAUCCAUAUAAUGGAAACAAUAAGGUUCAAUGGAAGGUUGUUGCUAUGGCUGUCGGUGACGCCAUGACCAAUGUUUGGGGUUCAAGACAAAUCGAAGGUAUGAAUUAUGAUUCAACUAGAGCUAUUACUGUUUCUUGGACUGAUUUAUCUGGUACCAUGAGUGAAAUUGUGGAUCAAUCUUGUAAUCAAGUUAACGUUCAAGUUCCAGUUUAAAUAAAUUAUUAUCAUUC